CCUGCCCCCAUCCAUUUCCAGCCUUGAUCUCCGUGCUUGAACUGUCAUCUCCAAACCUCAACUGCAUAUCCUCCCCUUACAGCCCCUUCCACGUCUUUACCGCUACACACACAACACCCGCCCUUAUUAAUACGAUAUUGCUACAGCGGUUGGUCCCCAGGGGCGCGCUGUGAUGCGGCUGCAUUGACUUUCUACCAGCAGCCUUGAGUCGUUUCUGGUCGGCCCGUUUGUUAAAUCGAAACUAACCGUUCGUUCCUCACCUCGCGCGAACAAUCCUUUUAUUGGUCCCGCCUGAUCGCCCUGAGUUAUCUUCAAAUAUACCUUUGAUCUUUGUCAAUAUCUACUGAGCACACAGACUAAGCGUAACGCGCAAUGUAUAACACGCAUCGCGGGAUGGUUCCCGCUCCCAACUCCCGUUUGACGGAGUUGCUUGAUCAACUGCGCCAGGAAUUUGAGAAUCAAUCAAGGAGCACCGGCGAGUUUGAACAUCAAUUAACCGGACAGCUCCAAGAAAUGGAAAUGAUUCGGCAGAAGGUCUACCAGUUGGAACAAGCACAAAUCAAGAUGAAGCAAGACUAUGAAGCGGAAAUUCGGGUGCUUCGUCAUGAGCUCGAGUCGCGCGGUGUUCAACCUGUCUCGUCCCAUAUUGCUGGCCCAGCACAGCACGCUGGCCCUUCCCAAGCACCCCCACCCGCAUUGGGCCAUGGCCCCAGCAAUCUAUUUGGUGGGAUCAUGGCCAACCAAGGAGGCUAUGCACCUCCGCCUCCGCCCACCGCCUCUCCUGGACCUGGAAAGAGACCUCGUGCCCCCCCUGGACCAGCAACUCCCCAGCAAGCCCACCAACUGGCCUACCCCGAUCCUCGUGUGUCACCCCAGCUGGCCCGGCCUACCCCACCUAGUCAAGCCCUUGUCCGUGACCGCCCAGGUAACAUGUUGGCCAACUGGAAUCCAGAUGAUUUACCUGCCUCGCAAAAGCGCGAGGGUGCUGAUUGGUACGCCGUAUUCAACCCAGAGGUGCAGCGUGUGUUGGAUGUCGAGCUGGUACAUCACCUCGUUCACGAUAGCGUGGUUUGCUGCGUACGUUUCAGCCGGGACGGCAAAUAUCUUGCAACAGGUUGCAAUCGUUCCGCUCAAAUCUUUGAUGUCACCACUGGCCAGAACGUGGCUACCCUUCAGGAUGAGAAUGUGGACAAAAAUGGCGAUCUUUAUAUCCGCAGUGUUUGCUUCAGUCCAGAUGGCAAGUUCCUCGCAACCGGCGCCGAGGAUAAACAAAUUCGGGUUUGGGACAUUGCUGCUCGGACUAUCAAGCAUAUCUUCACUGGUCAUGAGCAAGAUAUUUACUCUCUUGACUUUGCUGGAAACGGUCGCUAUAUUGCUUCCGGCAGCGGAGACAAGACUGUGCGCCUAUGGGAUAUCCUGGAUGGCAAGCUUGUCUACACCCUCAGCAUUGAAGAUGGUGUCACCACCGUUGCUAUGUCACCCGAUGGUCACUACGUCGCAGCUGGCUCCUUGGACAAGAGUGUUCGUGUCUGGGACACUACCACCGGCUAUUUAGUUGAACGGCUGGAGAGCCCUGAUGGGCAUAAAGACAGCGUUUACUCGGUCGCUUUCGCGCCAAACGGCCGGGAUCUAGUCAGUGGCAGUCUUGAUAAGACUAUCAAGCUCUGGGAGCUCAAUGUUCCCCGUGGUGCAUUCCCUGGGACUGGGGUCAAAGGUGGUAAAUGCAUUCGGACUUUCGAGGGCCACAAGGACUUCGUGCUCAGUGUUUGCCUGACUCCAGACGGACACUGGGUUAUGAGUGGCUCCAAGGAUCGGGGUGUCCAGUUCUGGGAUCCGAUCACGGGAAAUGCGCAGAUGAUGCUACAAGGCCACAAAAAUUCUGUUAUCUCGGUGGCGCCCAGCCCGACAAACAACUUGUUCGCUACCGGUAGUGGUGAUAUGCGUGCAAGAAUCUGGAGGUACUCUACAUACACUGGACGGUGAUGAGAUGCUCCUGAGAAGGUUCGGCGCGCAUAUGGUUUUGUACUUUCUAUGUUUGACCUAUCCCAGCCAGUUUAGUUUUCACUUCUUCUUUCGCUCGCAACCUCCACAUUUACCUCAUUAGUGAUAUAUGGGUCAAGUCAAGUCAGAAACAAAAAGGAAAAAAGAAAACAAACCAAAAAAGGGCAAUGUGUGUACGGAUAGUAAUUUGGCUGAUUGUGGAUUCUUUCGUGUGAUCUUGGGCUUUACUUGUCAUGGACUAGCCCGGUAGUGAAUUUGAAGGAGCUGGAUGCGAUUACAUUAAGGGCGCACCGUGGAUGUUCACUUAUUGUAGAAGGCGCGUCGAACUUGCAUUUGAAUGAGAAACCGGAGUUAGCGUAAACACGUCUAUCAAAUCGCCUCGGACCCUACAGGUUGGGUGGACCUCGUCACAAUUAUACAAGAUUAUCUAUCUUAGCACCUGUCGACCUUACUCUGUUUUGUUAUGAAGGGCGGACUCCGGGUAUUGAGUGAGGAGCUUAUGACCCUAUCCUGUACUUAUUUCGUAUGGGGUUGUUACUGAGAUGGCCGAGGCUACAUUGCCUUACGAAACAUCAUCUCACUUCUCUGGGUUCUCU